AUGUCGGAAACCAGCGUACUUUGUCGUUGCUCGUUUCUUCUGAUUGCUGUUAUCAUUGCUAUUUUUGGACCUUCAGCAACAUUUGCCUUUGUAACGCCUUCCCGAAAUGGAAAUUCGUUGAUUGGAACAUCAACUUACACGUCAACGGUCCCACGACCUUUCCCAACUUCAUCUGCCGCUUCAACAACAUCAUUAUUCGCUGUGCCGAUACUGGAAAACUGGAAAGUGGGCAAAAAUGGUGCCGUAGUUGGAAUUGUUCGAAAUCAUCCAACCAUUCCUAAUGGAGACCGAAUCACAACAAGUCCAUUGAAAACAGAUACUUCAACACUUUCAGAUAAUAUGAUGGUCGUUACGAAAUCAGGAAGCAAGUACAAGUUGGGAAAAGGUUCAGGACCAGCGGUCAAAAAGGUGACUAAAUCUGCCCCAGUGGCCCCACCUGCCAAGCAAGAGAAGGCCGCUCGACCAUCUCUUUUUGCACCCAAACCGUCGCCCAAACCAAAAGCGUCCGCACCAGCUCCUAAGCCUGCACCGGCAAAGCCAGAAAACCCUUCGUUCUCGUUUUUUGCUCCCAAACCAGCUCCAGCACCAAAGGACGUCGCUGCCAAACCACAACCCAAGGCCGCGGCUCCAACCAGCAACGAGAAAGAUGUGCGGGCACUCCUGAACAAGGCCAAGGCUGAAUACAACCUAAACGGAAAGACGGUUGGCAAUGGCAAAUAUGUCUUGGUUGGCAAGCAAAUUCGAUCCUCUUCCACUCGAUCCCAAAUAUACUUUGCCUACGAAGCUGAUGGCGACGGCUUGCCGAAAGGUCCUCGUCUGACAGUCAAGAUUAGUCCUACCUUGGAUCGAUUGGAACGAGAAAAUAAGAACUACAACUCGAUCACACGUGGCCUAUUCUCGGGCCAGUUUGUUCAAAAACUCGCCUUCCUCCCCGAUGCACAGGGCGACAAGUCCAUUGGUCAGGGCAGUUCGGCCUUGAUUUUGCAAUCGGGCGAACGCAACUUGAGAACCUUGCUGGAUUCCCGUAGCAAACAGGGCUUGGUGGGAACCGCCAUGCGACAAGCCGCGGUGGCCAUUGCCCAGUGCAUACAGGCCAUUCAUGCGUCUGGAUUGGUAUGGACCGACCUGAAAGCAGAGAAUUUUGUGGUAUUGUCUGAUUCCUUGGAUAAAUUGGAAAAUGGCGGUGUCAAAGGAAUUGAUUUGGAAUCUGCUGUCCCAGCGAAUGGUCCUCCAGUGGAUUAUAGCCCCGAGGCCUGUCCUCCUGAAUUUGCCAAGGAGGAGCUUGCUGGGCGCGGAGCUCAGUUCGUUUUGAAGUAUAACUACGACAUUUGGAGUUUUGGCGUCUUGCUCUUUGAACUAGCAACUGGAUCUUCGUUGUUUGGAAAGCGCAAAGACGGCGCCAUCACUCAACUGCUGCGGGAUGAAAGCUGGGAGCCCGACUUGGCUGCCGUUCCAGAUAACAAUUUACGAGACUUGAUCCAACAAUGCUUGCAACGGGAUCCUUCAAGACGACCCAGUAUUACACAAAUACUGUUACAUCCAUACUUUUUGACGACUGGGUUUGGUCCAAUCAGUUUUUAA